AUGAUGAUGCCCUGUGGGGUGACAAUAUAUGGGGACAUGGUGAUGUCUUGGGAGGUGACAAUGCCCCAGGACAUGAUGAUGCCGAGGGACUUGGCAUUACCCAGGGAGGUGACCAUGCCUGGGCACACGGUGAUGCCCUGGGACACGGUGAUGCCCUGGGACACGGUGAUGCCCUGGGACAUGGUGGCCCCGGAACGUGCACCACCACGGUUGUCUCGGCAGGACAUCGACACCUUCCUGGUCCGGACCCGGGAACGUGGCUACGAGACGAUGCUGCACUUUGGCAAGAGGGGCCUCAACCUGGCGGCCACCGCCGCCGUCCAGGCGGCCACCAAGAGCCAGGGCGCCCUGGCCGGGCGGCUGCGCAGUUUCAGCAUGCAGGACCUGCGCUGCAUCCCCGACCAGGGCCCCGCGCCCUUCCCGGACCCGCUGUACCUGGAGGAGCAGAGCGGCCGCCGGCUGGGCUGCGGCGCGGCUCCGCCCGCCCGGCGCUACGAGAGCGACACGGAGGAUGAUGAUGAUGAGGAGGAGCUGUGGUCGGACUCGGGGGUGACCCCACAGCCUUCCCCACGCCGGGAUCCCAAGCCCCUGUCCCGCAGCCAGAGCCUGCGCUCCCUGAGGAAGACCCCGGGAAAAGAGGGCUCUUCCCGGCUCCUGCGCAGCCGGAUCAGGAGGAAAACGGCCCCCUCGGAGCAGGACAGCUAAAAAUCCCAGGAAACCUCUGCCAAAGAUCCCGGGAAACGCCUGCCAGGAGUCUUUACACAAGUUUGGGGGGGGGGGGUCAGCCCCCCCCAUGCCUGCCUUCGGGGGGGGGGGGGAGGGUCCUGUAUCCUUGGGGAGGGUUCCCUGCAUCCUUGGAGUGGGGCCUUCCCCUGCCUGACACUGUAAAUGCCUUCUGUGACCUCUGUGGUGCCUCGGGGAGGGGGCACCACCUCGCUGUCCCCCCACUCUGCUGCUCCCAGUGCCCCCUCCCAGACCCCCCCAGCUCGGCGCCGGCGCCUCCCUCAUGGGGUCUGACCCCCUCCUCCUUUUCUGCCACCCCACAAACACCACACACGCUCUGGGGUCCCCCCCCUCCUGCCACGGUGCCUUGUUCCCCACAUUCCCUCUCUCCCAGCAGCCAGGGAUGGGAUGGGAUGGGAUGGGAUGUGCCUUGUCCCCCCGAAGCCAAAGACUUCUGGGCUCCCCCCCCACCCCAGACACAGACUGACACCCCCACACUUGAACCUGGUGGGGUGGGGGCUGGUGCCUCACCGUGGCCCUGCUGGGCACCUCAUUCCCAGGCUUUUAACAUUCCCCUCUCCCCCCCCAAAAUAGGGGGUUUUGUACAUGGGAAAUAAAUAAAUAAAUAAAUAAACGCUGUUUCAGA